UGUGGCCCAGACUGGAGUGCAGUGUGCAGUCACAAAUCACUGCAGUCCUGACCUCCUGGGCUCAAAUGAUUUUCCUGCCUCAACCUCCCACAUCAGCCUCCCAAGUCUAAAUAUCUUAUUUAACCUUUAAACUGCCCUAUGAAGUGGAUAGUGUAAUUGUACACAUGAAUGUAUGUGAAAAUACGUGAGGAGAGGGGAAGAUUCUAUCCCAAAGUUGCUCACAUAGAUACAAACUAGGCCAGCUGGCCUUCAAAGCCAGUUCCUUCACACUGCCCUCCUGCCUUUUCUGGUCAUGGGAAAAUGGGCAGCAGAGGUUUUCCUAGCCAAGGAUAAAGAUUUGGGAGCUGGAUCUGGCCUUCAAACUAAGCCCAGCCUUGAUCCCUAUCCGUCUCUGAGGAAUCUGAAAUGGGGGAGGGGCUCGUUGGAGGAGAUGAUCUUGUGAAUCUGCUUGGGUUUUACAGAGAUUUGGGGCUUGUAGUAGUCAUACGUGAAGGAGUGACCUUGAUAACACAUGGUCAAAUCGGGUCUGAUUGAGGGCAGUUCGUACAGUCACAGCAUUCUCUACAUACUUGUGCAAGGCUUAGAAACUCAUCACAGUGGCUGUGCAAUCAGCCUUCUGCUUCUGGUAACAGUUCACUUUUGAUUCUUCCCAUUUGUGAAGAAUCAAAAAAGGUUUGUGUUGUCUCCCUGAAAUGUGGGCUGGAGAUGGGUCACUUGCCCAUCUUCCAUUGCAAGCAUAUUGGUCUUUGGGGGAUGGCUCAAUUUUUUUUUUUUGCUUAGUCUGGUGCAUUGCAGAAGGGAUGACUAUAAAAGACACUUUCUCAGCUGGGGAUUAGAGAGGAAUUCUUAAGAUUAGAUUAUUCUGUUCCUUUCCCUCUGAACAAUUCCAUUGGAAUAAGUGUGUGGGCCAGGGGGAUAGACAUGAUUACCUGAGAAGCGGUUGGACCACAGGGGUCUUGUUUCAGUGCUGUUCUCUCAGGGAAAUGUCCGGUUCAUGCUAAAUGUUUGUUCAUAAAUUAGUUGUUUGGAACCUAGGAUGCAUUUUCUUCUGGAAACACCAUUACAAAUGUGUUGACCCCCAGCUAAGAAACACCAGAGCCGGGGUUCUGUAACUAUGAGCCAUUGUUCUGUGUGUGCACAGGCAUCGAGAGGAGCUGCCCCAGGCAUGGCUGCUGACUUCAGGGGCUUUGCACACUGAUAGGAAGGAAACUCCAGGGCUGGGGAGGGGUGGGGACGUGGAGGAAAAGGCGCCUCAGCUGCCCACACCCUCUGACUCUUGCUUGGAGAGGAGAGUUUACUUAUGGAUUAGAAACUUGGCUAACACAUUCCAGGGGGUGGGAACAAUCAGUGUGUGUAUGUUGGGGAUAAUUCUCAUUGGUUUAUUUCAUCACCUAUCCACCCAUUUGUUCAACCGAGUUAUUAAGUACCUACUGUGUACUCAGUAUUCUGCUGUGCAACUGUUAGGUUUCACAGGACCCCUCUGGUGUGGUGGGGGGUUCCCUGUGCUUUGUUCCAGUUUGUGGCUGCAGUUUAAUCUGGGGAGGAGCCUGAGGGCUCUGUGAGGGAAAUGGGGAGCCUCUGCACGCUUGCUCUUUCCUGUUGCCUCACUGGCGACGGUGUGACAGACACGUGCUAUUUGCUUUGCCGAGUUUGGAAUCUUGACUGUGAUUUUGCAAAAAUUAUCUCUGUAUUGGUAGAUCAAAAUAGGAAGCGUUUCAUAAGUGAAAUAUUUCAUCUUUUCAUAUGAAAAUAGGUGGAGUACAGUGGCUCACAUCUGUAAACCCAGGACUUUGGGAGGCUGAGGCAGGAGGGUCACUUGAGGCCAGGAGUUUGAGAUCAGCCUGGGCAACAUAGGGAGACCCUGUCUCUACGAGAAACUUUAAAAAUUAGCCAGGCGAGGUGGCAUGCACCUGUAGUCCUAGCUUCUUGGGAGGCCCAGGCAGGAGGAUUGCUUGGGCCUGCAUGAUUGUGCCACCACACUUCACCCAGGGUGACACAGCAAGACCCUGUCUGCAAAAAAAGAAAAAUAUUCACCAAGGACUUCCUGAGUUUCAGGCAGCAUGCUAAAUACUUCACAAAUGUUCUUACAGCUGAGGAGGUGGAACUGGAAUUAUGCCCAGUUAACAGAUAGGGAAACUGAGGCUGCUGUUCUCAGUUGGCAGAGCCAGGAUUUGCACCCAGGUGUUUGGGCUCCAAAGCAUGCAUUCUUCUUCUUUUUUUUUUUUUCUUGGAGACAUAGUCUCGCUUUGCCACCCAGGCUGGAGUGCCGUGGCGUGAUCUUGGCUUACUGCAACCUCCGGCACCUGGGUUCAAGUGAUUCUCCUUCCUCAGUCCCCCAUGUAGCUGGGAUUACAGCUUAGUGCCACCAUGCCUGGAUAAUUUUUGUAUUGUUAGUAGAGACAGGAUUUCACCAUGUUGGCCAGUCUAGUUUUGAACUCCCAGCCUCAGGUGAUCCACCCACCUCAGCCUCCCAAAGUGCUGGGAUUACAGGCAUGAGUCACCUAGCUCGGCCCAGAGCCUGCGUUCUUACCCAUAUUAUGCUAUGGGGAUUCUUUAGGAGUUCUGAUAACCUCAAACUCUGGGAUUGAAAUAAAUGAAAUCCUUUCAUCUACCUCAGCGUUGUCUUCCUUUUUACCAAGAAUAUAUGAUUGAUUUCAUUCCCUUCUUUUCUUCCAGAAAACCCAUUGUUCAGAAUUUGUGUAGUGUAGCCCUUUCUCCAGCAAAAUUGUUCCCAAAGUGCAGUGGAAGUCUGGAACUUGAGGCUAUAGAUUUUUAGCUGUGUUUGUCCCCAUGGUGUUUUCUUCUUUGGAGACUGAGGUGUAGCAUGUGUUUUGAUGUUUUGUUUUGUGUUUCCCUUGGAAACACAGUAUUAGUGAAAUCAGCUUGUUUUCUCUGACAGUACUUGUUGCAUGGUGCACACUGGUGUGAGCAUGGGACUCUGAAAUAGAAGGUGUGGCAUAAGGGACUGUGUGAAAAUGUUUCUCCUGGCAUGCUGCAGAAUGGUUCAUUUAUGACUUUCAGCUUUUUGAUCACCUGAUUCCCCACUUCUCCCAUGGGGAAAAGUGGUAUUAAAAGUAUCUGGAAAUAAAAUUCACCCUCCGAGCUGCUGCUAUGCUGAUGAGUAAUAAAGUGUCAAAAGAAUGCCGAGGAACAGCUUCUUAAUAUAGACCAUUACUGAGAUGCACCGGUAGGGCGAUAACAAGCCUUUUCUUCUGAUUUCCUCCCUGAAGCCAAAGGGAUUUUGAAAGGCAGAAGGCAAAGACUGUUCAAAGUGAAAUUUCUCAAGCUUUCCUUGUGAGGGCUACAUGGGCUCUGGCGCUGGGUGGUGUGGGAUGUCCAAGAGAUGAUCCCCUUCCAGCCAGUGACUCGGCCCUCAAUUGCCAUUCAGGAAAGACGCCGGGCUCGGGAGGGCCCUGUGAUCCUCUGGCUUUAAAAUGGGCAAUGCUAUUGAAAAACAGAAGCCCUUGAAACGAAGCCAUCUGUACCCCUGGAAACAAGACUCUCAGCGUUCUCAUCUCUCUUCCUUCACCAUGAAGCUGAUGGACAAAUUCCACUCACCCAAAAUCAAGAGAACACCAUCGAAGAAGGGAAAACCAGCUGAGGUGUCCGUUAAGAUUCCAGAGAAGCCUGUGAACAAAGAGGCAACAGACAGAUUUCUACCAGAGGGCUACCCUCUCCCCUUGGAUCUGGAGCAGCAGGCAGUAGAAUUUAUGUCCACCAGUGCUGUGGCUUCCAGGUCUCAAAGGCAGAAGAACCUGAGCUGGCUGGAGGAGAAAGAGAAGGAAGUUGUCAGUGCCCUGCGCUACUUUAAGACCAUUGUGGACAAAAUGGCAAUUGAUAAGAAGGUACUGGAGAUGCUUCCAGGGUCAGCCAGCAAGGUGCUGGAGGCCAUCUUACCCCUGGUGCAGAGCGACCCUCGAAUUCAGCACAGCUCAGCCCUCUCUUCCUGCUAUAGCCGAGUGUACCAAAGUCUCGCCAACCUCAUUCGCUGGUCUGACCAAGUGAUGCUGGAAGGUGUGAACUCAGAAGACAAGGAGAUGGUGACGACUGUGAAGGGGGUCAUCAAGGCUGUACUGGACGGAGUGAAGGAGCUGGUCAGGCUCACCAUCGAGAAGCAGGGACGUCCAUCUCCGACGAGCCCCGUGAAGCCCAGUUCCCCUGCCGGCAAGCCUGAUGGCCCGGCAGAGCUCCCCCUGACAGACCGAGAGGUAGAGAUCCUAAACAAGACAACCGGGAUGUCGCAGUCAACCGAGCUCCUCCUAGACGCCGCGGAUGAAGAGGUCGCGCCCCCCAAGCCCCCUCUGCCUGGCAUUCGGGUGGUUGAUAAUAGUCCUCCACCAGCGUUGCCACCCAAGAAAAGACAGUCGGCGCCGUCCCCUACCCGAGUGGCUGUGGUGGCCCCCAUGAGCCGAGCCACCAGUGGCUCCAGUUUGCCUGUUGGAAUCAAUAGGCAGGAUUUCGACGUUGACUGUUACGCACAGAGACGACUGUCAGGAGGCAGCCACUCAUACGGUGGAGAGUCGCCCCGCCUGUCACCCUGCAGCAGCAUAGGCAAGCUCAGCAAGUCAGAUGAGCAGCUUUCCUCUCUGGACAGGGACAGUGGGCAGUGCUCCCGGAACACAAGCUGUGAAACACUAGACCACUAUGAUCCCGACUAUGAAUUCCUCCAGCAAGACCUCUCUAACGCAGACCAGAUACCUCAACAGACGGCCUGGAGCCUUAGCCCGUUGCCAGAGUCCUUGGGGGAGUCUGGGUCUCCAUUUCUUGGCCAUCCUUUCCAGCUGCCUCUUGGCAGCCAUCCCCAGCCAGACGGAACACUGGCCCCAGGGCAGCAGACAGACACGCCGCCUGCUCUCCCCGAGAAGAAGCGCAGGAGCGCAGCCUCCCAGACAACGGACAGCUCUGGCUGCAGGGUGUCUUUCGAGCGGCAUCCCUCGCAGUACGACAAUAUCUCUGGGGAGGACCUGCAGAGCACAGCCCCAGUCCAGCCCGUCACCUACGCGCCCUUCGCUGCUAUUCUCCCCUUUCAGCAUGGAGGUUCCUCAGCCCCUGUAGAAUUUGUGGGUGAUUUUACUGCUCCUGAAUCAACGGGUGAUCCAGAAAAACCACCUCCUCUACCAGAGAAGAAAAACAAACACAUGCUGGCGUACAUGCAGCUGCUGGAGGACUACUCAGAGCCGCAGCCCUCCAUGUUCUACCAGACACCGCAGAACGAGCACAUCUACCAGCAGAAGAACAAGCUCCUCAUGGAGGUGUAUGGCUUCAGCGACUCCUUCACUGGGGCAGACUCUGUGCAGGAGCUGGCCCCACCACCUGCCCUUCCCCCCAAGCAGCGGCAGCUGGAACCACCGGCUGGGAAAGAUGGACAUCCCAGAGAUCCCACAGCGGUCGGCAGCGUCCCUGGGAAGGAUAGCAGAGACGGCAGUGAGAGGGCCCCAAAGUCACCAGAUGCUCUGGAGUCGGCUCAGUCAGAAGAGGAAGUGGACGAGCUGUCCCUCAUCGACCACAGUGAAAUUAUGUCCAGGCUGACGCUCAAGCAGGAGGGUGAUGAUGGGCCGGACGUCCGCGGGGGAUCUGGGGACAUCUUAUUGGUCCAUGCUACUGAGACUGACAGGAAAGAUUUGGUGUUGUACUGCGAGGCCUUCCUGACCACCUACAGGACCUUCAUCUCCCCAGAGGAGCUCAUCAAGAAGCUGCAGUACAGAUACGAGAAAUUCUCUCCCUUCGCUGACACAUUCAAGAAGCGUGUCAGCAAGAACACGUUCUUCGUGCUGGUACGGGUGGUGGAUGAGCUCUGCCUGGUGGAGUUGACAGAAGAGAUCCUGAAGCUGCUGAUGGAACUGGUCUUCCGCCUGGUAUGCAACGGGGAGCUGAGCCUGGCCCGUGUGCUCCGGAAGAACAUCCUGGACAAGGUGGACCAGAAGAAGCUGCUCAGGUGUGCCACCUCCGGCCAGCCCCUGGCGGCCCGGGGAGUAGCAGCCAGGCCAGGGACCUUGCAUGACUUUCACAGCCAUGAGAUAGCAGAGCAGCUGACACUGCUGGAUGCCGAGCUCUUCUAUAAAAUAGAGAUUCCUGAGGUUUUGCUUUGGGCAAAAGAGCAGAAUGAGGAGAAGAGCCCCAACUUGACCCAGUUCACGGAGCACUUCAACAACAUGUCCUACUGGGUCCGGUCCAUAAUCAUGUUACAGGAGAAGGCCCAGGACAGGGAACGGCUGCUCUUGAAGUUCAUCAAGAUCAUGAAGCACUUGCGAAAGCUGAAUAACUUCAACUCCUACUUGGCCAUCCUCUCCGCCCUGGACUCGGCGCCCAUCCGCAGGCUGGAAUGGCAGAAGCAGACUUCAGAGGGCCUGGCUGAGUACUGCACGCUGAUUGACAGCUCGUCCUCCUUCCGAGCCUAUCGGGCCGCCCUCUCAGAGGUGGAGCCUCCAUGCAUCCCAUACCUGGGGCUGAUCCUGCAGGACCUGACCUUCGUCCACCUGGGAAACCCCGACUACAUCGACGGGAAAGUGAACUUCUCCAAGCGGUGGCAGCAGUUCAACAUCCUUGACAGCAUGCGGCGCUUCCAGCAGGCGCACUAUGACAUCCGGAGGAAUGAUGACAUCAUCAGCUUCUUCAAUGACUUCAGUGACCACCUGGCUGAGGAGGCCCUAUGGGAACUCUCUCUGAAAAUUAAACCCAGGAACAUAACAAGGAGAAAAACAGACCGGGAAGAAAAGACCUAGGAGCAGGCACGGGGAUCUAGGAGAACGCUCGAGGGGCACAGGGGCGGCUCCCAGACCGGACAGGACCUUGGACCUGUUAGGCGCACGGCAGGAGUCCCGGCCUCAGAGCCACGAGGCUGGCCGGGCCUCAGUGGUGCAGUGCCAGGCUGGAGCUGGAGCCUGCUGGCCGCUUCCUGCCUCCCUCCUCUGUGGGAGCAGACCCGUGGGCCUCAGUGCAGCCAGUAGGCAGGUCUUGUUGCCAAUUUGCAAACCGGUGGUUUUCUGGUUUUGUUUUAUUUUCUGCUUUCACUUCCAUCUCUCCCCGCUUGCCCUCCUACCCACUCCCCUCCAGGGAGAGAGCAGCAGAGACCUCAUCAGCAGACCAAGGAAGUGGCGAGUCCUCCCCCUCCCUGAGCUUCAGGGUCCCUGAAUCUUUUAAAAUGGCAAAUGAGUGGAGGCCUUCCAGGGUAGGCUGUCCUCCAGGGGCCCUGGAAUGGGGAAAGCAGCUGUGUGGGCAGAAAGCAGAAUAGACUGCAGGAGAUGCAUGGAGGAUGGUGUGAGCUUUUCAGCAGGCCCAGAAAGGUACGCAGGUGAUGCCUUAGCAGCCCCGCAGCCAGUGCUCUACACCGAGGUACUGGCACCAGCAGGGCCUCCCUUGCCCACCUGUGAGCAGCAGUGUCUGUCAUCUUGUGGCCCCUUACCUCCCACCCUGCCACUGAGCCUUUCCCACACCAUCUAGGGAGCUGAGGAGGCUGGAGUAAGGGAGGACUUGAUCAUCGAAGAAAUACUUUUUAUUGCUGGGAGUCUUCUGAACCUCACCAAACUGGGGCCAGAGCUGAGUUCCUGGGGGAGUUAAUCUAGAGGGGAGAAGCAGCCACUCCCUCCUCCAUUGCUCGCUGUGUGCCUUAAACUCCAUCUCUUGUCCCUCCCCAUCCCAUGGCCUUCACUCCCUCCCUCCUUGCCCCAUCCUGGGCUGGCCCUCGGGGCUCCUCCUCUGGCUCUUUCAGCCAGUGCUGUUAGUGCCCCUGGGAGGGAAGGGCAUCCCUGAGGCACUGGAAUGGUGCAGGCACUCCUUGGGGUCCAGGGAGGCAGAGGCCUCCUCCGCGGAGGAGCCUCCUAAGGUGGCAGCUGUAGCAGGCGGCUCUUCCCGCAUGCUAGACCAUCUAACAGAGCAGAUACUCUUUCCAUCCUCCUUGUCAAAACCAUUCUCGCUGCUGAGGUUGACAAUCUGGGCAAGGCUUGUGGAGCACUUGGCAAACAGAACCUUCCCUGUGCCGCCGGCUCCGUGGCCUCCAGCCUGGACCUUCGGGCAGGGCACUGCAGGAACCCAGAGAUGCUGCCCCAGCCCGUGCCUCCAGGUCUGCUUUGCAUGAGGGUGUGUGCCUGUCCCUGGUUUGGGACGUGGUCAAGUGAAGAGCAGGGUCUAACUUUGCGUACUUAGCCUAGUUCAAACGGAACAAAGGAAAAAUGCAGAAAGCAACAUCUGUUGAUUAUUAAGGUUUUCUUUAAACAACCAUGUCACUUUGAGUCCUUCAUGGGUUUUUGAACAGCAUUUAUCAAGAAGAAAAUGUGGGCUUCUUCCCCUCUCCCAUGUUUUGUUUGUCCUGUAGAUGGAAGGAGGAGAGCUGUGAUGCAGCAGGCGGGACCCCCUCUGGCAGCGGCCCUGCAGGGCCAGCCGGGACCUGUCACUUUAUUAUUUAAGGAGUGUGUGUGUAGAGUCGCUGGCUUAUUAACAGUAUUGUGUGUGGGUUGGGUUUUUUGUUUGUUCCUUCUUUUAAAAGUCCCUUCAUUUCAAUCCUUGCCUCUCUCUCCCCUCCCUUGCCCAGCUCUGUUGAAUGCUGCUGUGCGUGUGUGAGGGCCGCUCUGCACACAGGGCCCUUGGGUUGUGCGAACUGAAAUUCUCCCUGUAUUUGUGAGUCUCAUGCGAAUCCCCCUCUGUAGCACAGGCAAUGCCAGUGCCAAGCUGCAGCCUCCAAAACCAGGCCUCUCACCCCAGCAGCAGGCGGGUCUGAGUCUAUGGUCAAGUGCUAUCCACAGCUCUGUCUGCCUUUUCUCAGACUUGAGCCAGAUGGAAGCGGGUUCACCUUCCCUGGAUUCAGAACAGACCCUGUGCCCAGCCCUGGUGUGCCCACACAACUCCCCAGGCCCUUGUUGGGAGCCCUUGGUGGUCUGAGCGGCAGGGCCCAGGGGGCACGUGGGCAGUGCCCAGGGGCUCCCUGCAUGAGGACCGCGAGUUCUAAGACUUAUUGAUGACAGGCGUCCCCCUGCGCCCCCUGCGCCUGGCCCUGGUUGUUGCUGAGCCCUGUGCUCAGUGCUGCGGCCUGGCCAUGGCCUGGCCUUGGGGGGCUGGGUGUGUUGUGGGAAUCAGUCUUCACAGACAGACAUGAGCCAGGCAGAGGACUCGUUCCCUGCAGAGGUCAGUCCUCACCUGUAGGUGUCGGGGGUGAGGGGCCAAGGAGGGACAGGCACACACCAUAUCCGACCUGAACCUGAUUCUGAGGAGUGUCUCCCGCCCCAGCCCCAUGACCUCCACAGGGUUAUAUUGUAAUAUAUGUGCCCCAGCUAACCUGUCUGAUGGGUGGCAUCUUCCUGCAGAAGUUUCAAACAUGUAACUUUUAUAUGAAAAAAUAAAUGGAUGAAAGCUG